GGACAACGUGCUCUUCGGCAACCCAUUCGAUCUCGACCUGUACGAGAAGGUGCUCGAGAUGUCGGCGCUCAAGCAGGACCUCGCCGACAUCCCGAACGGUGAUGCGAAUCUCGUUGGUGAUCGUGGACUCGCGUUGAGUGGGGGCCAACGAGCACGACUGUCACUAGCCCGUGCUCUCUACAGCCAGGCGGACAUCUACCUGCUCGACGACCCGCUGUCGGCUGUUGAUGCUGCUGUAGGACGCUUCAUCUUUGACAAAUGCAUCUGCGAGUACCUCCGCGAUCGUGUCGUGAUCCUCGUCACCCAUCAACUCCAAUUCAUCGGCCGUGCUAACGAGAUUCUUCUGAUGCGCGAUGGAGAGGUGGUGCUCCAGGGCACGCUCAAGCAGCUGAAAGAGUCCAAUUCGAAGCUCGUCCACCAACUUAUUCAGAUGAACAUGAAUUCGGCGGCCUUCUCGCUCUCGUUGACGACAUCCCGAUGGUUCGCCGUGCAAAUCGACUGGAUUGUCGCGGGAUUCGUCUCUUUUGUGGCGUUUGCUUGUGCCUUUGCGUCCGGAGAUUUCCUGCCCGGCGAAGUGGCGCUGAUGCUCGUCUACGCCGUCCAGUUGACCGGCUUCUUCUCAUGGAUUAUGCGCCAGUCGGCAGAAAUGCAGAACGGGAUGGUCUCCGUCGAGCGGAUACUGAACAUGUGCGCGCUGCCAUCAGAACACCUUAACAAAGGUCACAUCCAGACCCCAUCCGGAUGGCCGUCGAAAGGUGACAUCCGCUUCGACAACUUUUCCCUACGAUACGACGACUCGUUGGCCCUGCGCGAAAUCACUGCCAAUAUUGAUGGCAACCAGAAAGUUGGUGUCGUCGGGCGGACGGGGGCCGGCAAAUCUUCACUCCUCAAGGCCCUUUUCCGCAUGAACAAGGCUUCGACAGGCCGAAUCUUCAUCGACGGCGUCGACAUCAACUGCCUGCAGCUGCGCGAUUUGCGCUCGCAUCUCGCCAUCAUUCCGCAGGAACCUGUCCUGUUCGUCGGUACUGUGCGGCGGAACCUCGACCCGUUCAAAGAGUACUCCGACGAGGCAUUAUGGACGGCACUUGACCAAGUCGAGCUGAAGGAGGCCGUCUCCGAGCUGUCCGGUACCCUUCUUGCUGAGGUCCAAGAGGGCGGCGCCAACUUUUCGGUGGGGCAACGGCAGCUCUUCUGCCUGGCCCGAGCCCUUCUACGCAAUUCGAAGAUCCUCGUCAUCGACGAGGCCACGGCCAAUGUUGAUCCACAUACCGAUGAGUUGAUCCAAAAGACGAUCCGCCGUCAGUUCGCCAACAGCACGGUGCUGACGAUCGCCCACCGACUGCACACGAUCAUGGACUCGGACCGGGUGAUGGUGCUGAAGGACGGGCGUCUGAUCGAAUUCGCGCACCCGUAUGAGCUCCUCAAGAAGCCGCACUCCCAGCUCUCAGCGCUUGUCAAGGAAACGGGUCGCGACACAGCCGCCCAACUGCUAGAAGUCGCCCGCCGCUCCCACGCAAACGCCAACCAAGCCGACGGAGCUGAUCCUCAAGCCGAGACGGUGCCGCGGGAA